CCCUGCCCCGCCGCCGCGCUGCGCACCGCCGGGUGCCGGCCUGCGCCCCGAGCCCGAGUGGCGGCCACCUCUACCUCCCGAGCCCGCGCGGAUGUGAGAUCCUGGGAGCCGGGCACCUCGCGAUAGCCGGCUGCGGCGCUCCACUGCUUGGCCCUGGUGGCGGCGGCCGGGCUGGCUGUGAGGCUUGUGGAUUUUUAAAAAAUUUGGCUCCGGGGAGGACCAUUUCCUCUCGACAUGCAUCCCUCCGGAUAGACUGCACAUCCCUCAGUCCACCCUCCGCCCCGCGCCGUCCGAGGCAAGCGCUGGGUGGGCGAAGAGGAUCCGGGUUGAAAACUGCGCCCCCGGUUUUCGUCCCCGCCCCGUCCCGCCUCCCCCGCCCCUCCACCUCGGGACUCGAAAUUGCCGGGGGAUUAUGUUUCGGAAAGGAAUCCGGCGAGGAAAUACAUGCACUCGCUGAGAAUCGCCGGCGCCAGGACGCAGCGCCACAAGGUGUAGCGAGAGAGUGGGGUGGGGCGAGAGGGGACCCAGGAGUCCCCCAGGCUCCCAGCGUGCCUGCUGCCUGCUCUUCAUUCCUGCCCUCGGGGCGGACGGAGUGACCCCGGCUCCAGUUCCCUGCCCCGACCAUGGUAGUGUUCAAUGGCCUUCUUAAGAUCAAAAUCUGUGAGGCCGUGAGCUUGAAGCCCACAGCCUGGUCGCUGCGCCAUGCGGUGGGACCCCGGCCACAGACUUUCCUUCUGGACCCCUACAUUGCUCUCAACGUGGAUGACUCGCGCAUUGGCCAAACAGCCACCAAGCAGAAGACCAAUAGCCCGGCCUGGCACGAUGAGUUCGUCACUGAUGUGUGCAAUGGGCGCAAGAUCGAGCUGGCUGUCUUUCACGAUGCUCCUAUAGGCUACGACGACUUCGUGGCCAACUGCACCAUUCAGUUCGAGGAGCUGUUGCAGAAUGGGAGCCGUCACUUCGAGGACUGGAUUGACCUGGAGCCAGAAGGAAAAGUGUACGUGAUCAUCGAUCUCUCGGGGUCAUCGGGCGAAGCUCCUAAAGACAAUGAAGAACGAGUGUUCAGGGAGCGUAUGCGGCCCAGGAAGCGGCAAGGGGCCGUCAGGCGCAGGGUCCACCAGGUCAAUGGCCACAAGUUCAUGGCCACCUACCUUCGGCAGCCUACCUACUGCUCCCACUGCAGAGAUUUCAUCUGGGGUGUCAUAGGAAAACAGGGAUACCAAUGUCAAGUUUGCACUUGCGUCGUCCACAAGCGAUGCCAUGAGCUCAUUAUAACGAAGUGUGCCGGCCUAAAGAAACAGGAAACCCCUGACGAGGUGGGCUCCCAACGGUUCAGUGUCAACAUGCCCCACAAGUUUGGGAUCCACAACUACAAGGUCCCGACGUUCUGUGACCACUGUGGGUCCCUGCUCUGGGGCCUCUUGCGGCAGGGCUUGCAGUGUAAAGUCUGCAAAAUGAAUGUUCACCGUCGAUGUGAGACCAACGUGGCUCCCAACUGUGGGGUGGACGCCAGAGGAAUCGCCAAAGUGCUGGCUGACCUCGGCGUCACCCCAGACAAAAUCACCAACAGCGGCCAGAGGAGGAAAAAGCUUGUUGCUGGUGCUGAGUCGCCACAGCCGGCUUCUGGAAACUCUCCAACUGCAGAUGAUCGAUCCAAGUCAGCGCCCACCUCCCCUUGUGACCAGGAACUAAAAGAACUUGAAAACAACAUCCGGAAGGCCUUGUCGUUUGACAACCGAGGAGAGGAGCACAGGGCAUCCUCAUCUGCCGAUGGCCAGCUGGCAAGCCCAGGCGAGAACGGUGAAGUACGGCAAGGCCAGGCCAAGCGCUUGGGCCUGGAUGAGUUCAACUUCAUCAAGGUGUUAGGCAAAGGCAGCUUUGGCAAGGUCAUGCUGGCGGAACUCAAGGGCAAGGAUGAAGUCUAUGCUGUGAAAGUCUUAAAGAAGGACGCCAUCCUCCAGGAUGAUGACGUGGACUGCACGAUGACGGAGAAGAGGAUUUUGGCUCUGGCACGGAAACACCCCUAUCUAACCCAACUCUAUUGCUGCUUCCAGACCAAGGACCGCCUCUUCUUCGUCAUGGAAUAUGUAAACGGUGGAGACCUCAUGUUCCAGAUUCAGCGGUCCCGAAAAUUCGACGAGCCUCGUUCCCGGUUCUAUGCUGCUGAGGUCACGUCAGCUCUCAUGUUCCUCCACCAACAUGGCGUGAUCUACAGGGAUUUGAAACUGGACAACAUCCUUCUAGAUGCAGAAGGUCACUGCAAGCUGGCUGACUUCGGGAUGUGCAAAGAAGGAAUUCUGAACGGUGUGACAACUACCACCUUCUGUGGGACCCCUGACUACAUAGCCCCUGAGAUCCUGCAGGAGUUGGAGUAUGGCCCCUCAGUGGACUGGUGGGCACUGGGGGUGCUGAUGUAUGAGAUGAUGGCCGGGCAGCCCCCCUUUGAAGCUGACAACGAGGACGACUUGUUCGAGUCCAUUCUUCACGAUGACGUGUUGUACCCUGUCUGGCUCAGCAAGGAGGCUGUCAGCAUCCUAAAAGCUUUCAUGACCAAGAACCCCCACAAGCGCCUGGGCUGUGUGGCAGCACAGAAUGGGGAAGAUGCCAUCAAGCAGCACCCAUUCUUCAAGGAGAUCGACUGGGUCCUGCUGGAGCAGAAGAAAAUCAAGCCCCCCUUCAAGCCAAGAAUUAAAACCAAAAGAGAUGUCAAUAACUUUGACCAAGACUUUACCCGGGAAGAGCCGAUACUCACGCUUGUGGAUGAAGCCAUAGUGAAACAGAUCAACCAGGAGGAAUUCAAAGGCUUCUCCUACUUUGGUGAAGACCUGAUGCCCUGAGAAGCCGCUUCUGGUGGAGUUAGCUUGACAAUGAAAGGAGGGUGCUGAGAAAAAUCCCAUGUUGCAGAGGCUCAGAAGGUCUCAAACUAUUCCUCCACCCCAGAGCCCCAGUCCCAUGUCCACUCUAUUUAUUGCAAUCCCUCACCCCAGUCCAUGUCCUUCCCCACCCUCCAGUGACCAGAAGGCACUCUGGGGUCUAGACUCAACCAGGAACACAGAUGAUCUGAAUGGCGUCUGCUCUGCGGGUAGCUACGUACAGUGCUGGAUUUGGAUUGUCCGUCAUCCAUCUGUAACCCAGAAGCAACUUCAGUUCUUUUAUUACAAGGGAAAAGCAAACAAGCCAACCCAACGCAAAGACUCUGGCUCUGCCACUGGAUAUGGAAUCCCGACUCUUCUCUUUUCUCAUUCCUCCUGUUCCCCAGCCUGCCAUCCCCGCCCUUCUACCUAGGACAAGAGACUGGUACUUCUUCCAUGUGAAGGCGGGUGCCCCAAGGCGUGCCCUUGAUGGGAGGAGCCUGGGAUGCUCAGGCUGGCCAACCAUGUCCGUUUGCUCUGGAAUUGCACAUUCCUGCUUAGCUUUUUUUGAGCAUGCCAAAGUUGUGUAUGUUUGUAUCUCAUAGAAGAAAUCAUUUUGAUUUUUGAACUCUUAACAUUUCAAAAAACAAAACAAAACUGUUACCAAGUUCACUUUCUAAUUGGCCAAAAGAUAGACAUCCCAGUGGGAAGACAGGUAGAUAUUAAAGGGCUAAUCCACAGUAAGAAUCCAGUCGUGCAAAGUUUAUUAGUAAUGCUUUAGUGGCACAUGAGGGCUAUGCAGAGACAGCAGAGGAAACUCUAGCUUCUCAUCGUCAGAUUUCUCCCUGAGCGCAAAGACCACCAGAGCAACAGCCUAGACCCUGAGGUUCCAGAACUAUUCAGCUCCCAAAUUCUCUCUCCAUGUUUUUUCCCCCAAGUUCCCAGCAUAAACUCUGUUUUCUGUGCACUUCUACAAAACGGUAGUACCACUUGUGGUUUGAAACAUUCAGUAUGCAAAAUGAAGUAUUGGAACAAAACUCAGCCUGGGCCAGGCAGAAGGUGUGAGGGGACUGAUGAGCAAGUGAUUUGAAGACUGACAAGGUAGUGGGAUGUGGCCAGAGUUUUGGUGACAUGUGAUGGCAACUCGCGCACGCGCGGACUCUAAUGGACUGAUGUUACCUCCUGUAGAUACGCUGACAGUGUUAGUCUUUGAUGCCUAAGGGUUCUCUGUGGCUUUGUGUAUAUGUUCCCUAAAGGCCGUUUGAUUACCUGUUUUAUUGAACUGAUUUAGCAGGGAAUGGAAUCCAUUCCAACUGUUGCACGUGGAUUUCCCAACUGCCCCCAAAUAUAUAUACUUUGUGAGUGGCAAAGUGGCACUAUUGAAGCUUUUUGCCUUUUGUACAUUUGAGAUUUUUUUUUGUAUAUAGUGUUUGCUGCAAGGCCUGUGGAAUUAAUUCAUUGAAUAUAGAGGUAUCAACUGCUGCAUGUUCUGGCAUCUUAUAAAACUUUAGUCAAUGAAAGAAUAACUAUAAUAAUGUCCAGGUGCAAUCCUCUUAUCAACUGUUGGUUCAAGUUACACAGAGAGAGGUCUGCUUCUUCCUAGGGAGGGAUGGGGUCCUUUCUGUUAAUUCCUUUUGGAUUGAAGAUGUAACCAUAUGAUGAGCUAUAUUAAAUUCGCACUUGGUUCUUCUGAGCUCCAUCAUACCCCGAUAGAAAUGGCAGAUGGAGAGGAAUGUUCUCCAUAGUGGUUGCCAAGCUUGGACAGUGACUAUUUUGAGCCCAUACUCAACGUGUCCCUAUUUGCAUCUGGCUGGUUUCAGCCCUCGUUACUGAUUGUGACCUUCGGUUCUCUUCUGCUUUUUUUUUUUUAAUGAAAAAAACUCAGGUGUAACUGUGAUCUGUUCUUAUGAUGAUUGCAAAUAUUAAAUACUAUGCUGUAUGGAUCUGUAUGUUUGGCAUACCAGGGAACUGAUGAAGAACACUAGGUUAAUUUAAUUUAUCUUCAGUGACUUGACACACUGGGGGAAGACUAUCUUUUGGAGUGGCUAACAAGCACAGAAAGAUCUUCAUGGUGGUAUCAUCUCAUUGUUUAGAAAAACACGAUAAUACGCCCAUCAUUCUCUCUCUCUCUCUCUCUCUCUCUCUCUCUCUCUCUCUCUCUCUCUCUCUCUCUCUCUCUCUCUCUCUCUCUCUCUCUCUCUCUCUCUCCCCAGCUUCCUUACUGUUGCGAACAUUGGACAGCCAAGGCCAACAUCUAGUGGCUGUUUUCUAAGGCUUGGUGGUAUUCACGUGACAGUAGGGGCUAGGCGCUUCUUUUCAGCCAACUGGCACCGUUGCUGGGAAAUCAAACACAAUACAUUCCACCAGCAAGCAGUAGGCAGUCAGCACCCUGGCUCCCUUUCGGUGCCCAUAGCCGGCUGGCUGGGAUACCUCUGGCCAAUGCGGUUCUCACACUGGCAGGUUUGAAUUCAGCAGAGUCCUACACUUGUAUAGGAUGUAUACUGAGUCCUUUCAGGAAGAACUUAGUCCAGGGAAUGUGACUUGGCGGUAGAACUCUUGCUUGCUGGUGGAGAGCCCUGUGCUCAGAGCAAAGUCAGGGGAUGGCCACACUGAUACAUUUCUGCCAGUUCCUUCUUUUUUCAACUAUCACUCUCUUUCUUUUAGAGAAAAGAAAAGUGAAAAAACAAACAAACAAACAAACAAACCAAAAACCUACAUGAAGGAUAGUAUCUCUUCCCUUCCUCUCAUUGAUGGACUUUGUGAAGUAGAAACAUAUUUUUUCCUCCAAAGGUGAAAACAUGAUUCAUUUUUGCUUUAAAAUAAUAAAAGAAGGCUAAAAAAAAAUUACCUCUUUUUAAAUGAUGUGCAAGAUAGUUCUGGCUAAAUAGAAAACCUUUAGGGGUUUUACUUUGUGUUGUGAAGCUUUCUUUGUACAUUUUUCCCUUCCUUUCUGGAUGUGACUUUAAUCCAUUAGUGUCAUAAUUCAUUGUACACAUUAUCGUGCCAAAUGUACUGUCCUCAAAAGGGUGUGAGCGUGUAUUGUUCCAGAACGUAAUAAAUAUGAUGACGUUAAAUCCUA